GCCCGGCCCCGGCCUCCAAGCGAAGGCGCCGCUGCCGCCUGGGCCUCUCCCAGGGCCAUGAGGAGGCGGCGGCAGCCACUGCGGCCCGCGUCAAGCAGCUACUGUUUGGAAAGAGACGUGCUGGGAUGGUGUUUCCUGUUGGCCUGGGAUUAUGAAGCCCAACGUGUAUUCCUGGACUUCUCCAGACGGGUUAUGUCACCAACAGAGACUGCCCUGAAGCUCCCUGUGGCCCGAAGACUAUGUACAACAGGAAUGGUCUGAUGGCUAGCGUGUUGGUCACCUCUGCCACUCCACAGGGCAGCAGCAGCUCAGACUCUCUGGAGGGCCAGAGCUGUGACUAUGCCAGCAAGAGCUACGACGCCGUUGUGUUCGAUGUCUUGAAAGUGACUCCCGAGGAGUUUGCUAGCCAGAUCACACUGAUGGACAUACCGGUAUUCAAAGCCAUCCAGCCGGAGGAACUAGCCAGCUGUGGAUGGAGUAAGAAGGAGAAACAUAGUCUCGCUCCCAACGUCGUGGCCUUUACCCGGAGGUUUAACCAGGUCAGUUUUUGGGUUGUACGAGAAAUUCUAACAGCACAGACUUUAAAAAUAAGGGCAGAAAUCCUGAGCCAUUUUGUGAAAAUAGCCAAGAAACUUCUAGAACUCAACAACCUGCAUUCUCUGAUGUCUGUGGUGUCAGCAUUACAAAGUGCACCCAUCUUCAGGCUGACAAAAACCUGGGCUCUUUUGAAUCGAAAAGACAAGACCACCUUUGAGAAAUUGGACUACCUGAUGUCUAAAGAAGAUAAUUACAAGCGGACUCGGGAAUAUAUCCGAAGCCUGAAGAUGGUUCCCAGUAUUCCCUAUCUAGGGAUCUAUCUGCUGGAUUUAAUCUACAUCGAUUCUGCAUAUCCUGCCUCAGGCAGCAUCAUGGAAAAUGAACAAAGAUCCAAUCAGAUGAACAAUAUUCUCCGAAUAAUUGCUGAUUUACAAGUUUCUUGCAGCUAUGAUCACCUCACAACCCUGCCCCAUGUGCAGAAGUACCUGAAGUCCGUACGCUACAUCGAAGAGCUCCAGAAAUUUGUGGAAGACGACAACUACAAACUGUCGCUCAGAAUCGAACCUGGAAGCAGCUCUCCAAGACUAGUCUCUUCCAAGGAAGAUCUUGCAGGCCCCUCCACCGGCUCCAGUUCUGCGAGGUUCAGCCGGCGGCCCACCUGUCCUGACGCGUCUGUUGCUGGCAGCCUCCCCACACCCCCGGUCCCAAGACACAGGAAGAGUCACAGCCUGGGCAACAAUAUGAUGUGUCAGUUGAGUGUAGUUGAGAGUAAAAGUGCGACAUUCCCAUCGGAGAAAGUGAGGCACCUGCUGGACGACAGUGUCCUAGAGUCCCGCAGCCCCCGCAGGGGCCUCGCCCUCACCUCCUCCUCUGCCGUCACCAAUGGACUCUCCCUAGGCAGUAGUGAGAGCUCAGAGUUUAGUGAAGAGAUGUCUUCAGGGCUGGAAAGCAGGGGGCGCCUCUAUGCCACGCUGGGGCCCAACUGGCGGGUUCCAGUUCGGAAUUCUCCCAGGACCCGGAGCUGCGUCUACAGCCCCACUGGCCCAUGCAUCUGUACGCUGGGGAACUCAGCAGCAGUGCCCACCAUGGAGGGGCCUCUGAGAAGGAAGACUCUGCUCAAGGAAGGACGGAAGCCCGCGCUGUCCUCGUGGACCAGGUACUGGGUCAUACUCUCAGGAUCCACCCUCCUGUACUACGGAGCCAAGUCCUUGCGGGGCACAGACCGAAAACAUUAUAAAUCCACACCGGGGAAAAAGGUCUCCAUCGUGGGCUGGAUGGUGCAGCUGCCUGACGACCCCGAGCAUCCGGAUAUCUUCCAGCUGAAUAACCCCGACAAAGGCAAUGUUUACAAGUUCCAGACUGGCUCCCGGUUUCAUGCAAUACUGUGGCACAAGCAUUUGGAUGACGCAUGUAAAAGCAACAGGCCUCAGGUAAAGUCACCAAAACACUGCUUGUCACCUGAAAUCCCUCUCCUUUCCUGAGGACUAAGGGUCCGUACAAAACAGGGCUCCCCCCUCCCUCAGAGCCUGUCAGCUAGGCUCAGGCCUCCUUGUUUGAUCAGCCUUUUCCCAUGAGACAGGGCACCCCCUGCUCAGCUUAGAACUUCAGACCAGAACCCUGAGUCUGGUCCCUGUGUCUUUCCCAUUAAAAGAGACGCCAUAGAAACAUCCAACGAGGACAGUUAGGUGGCAGGUGCGAUAUUGCCCCAAGGGUAAGGCUAUAGCAUCUAUUUGGAUCAUCCCCCCAAAAGUUGAUUCAUGGGAAUACUCCAAACUGACUAAAGGGUCCCCCUGCCCCCCAACCCUGAGCAAUAAUAAUAAUGGCUAAUUUAUUGAGAGCCCACCAUGGCUGCUGAUGAGUGGGGCUCUUGGCCUCUCAGCAUGUUUGAGUCAGCAGGACCUCUGGUCUGCUGGGCCUGGCUCGCGGCUCGGCCCUGUCCCCACCACGCCCACCCCGUCCAGGACCAGGCAUUAUGUGAAAUGCUUUACACACAGGAAUUGCCUGACUCAUCCCAAUAUCCCUGUGAUGAAGGUUCUCUUACUGUCUCUAUUUUACACUGAGGACACUGAGGCUCAGAAAGUGGCAGACGCUUGUUUAAGGUCCCACCGUUAGUGAGAUCUGAUGCAGGUCUGCCUGAUCCCGAAGUCUGUACCUGCUCUCCCUCCCCGCACGUCCCGGGGAGCCCCAGCUUGCUCAGCCUCCUGCAGUUGAGCUAAAGGCCUGGCAGCACAGCCUCGGCUGUCCAGGCUGGUGAGAGGAAUGACUGCCCGGCCCUCAGCACCAGACAGGGGCAGCAUUUGGGCUGCUGGUGCCAGGAUUGGUGCUCCUGUCCUGAAGCCUCCUGUCUCUGUUCCCCAGGGAUCAGCCAGACGAGGGAGCUGGGGAGCUGGGUCCCUCUCCUCGGUCUGGGGCGUGAACACCAGGCCUUGGCAUAGGUGGGGGUGGCUCCGAGGAGGAAGGGUGGGUAGCAGCUGGCAGGCAGCAGCUCCAAGGUCUGCGGGGACCUCAGCAAAGGCAAGUUCACACCAGGCAUUUGGGUCCAUGUUUCUGUGCUCUGUUUGGUCCUAUUCAGGAUUUUCAUCUGUAACGUAGAUGAGGACAUAUAUGACAAGCUGAUCAAAUUAUAGAUAACAAGAAGCUAGGAAGUAGAAUUAGCAGAAAGUCUUCAACAAACUAAAACAGUAGGACAAGACUGAUACGGGGAUAAACUUGAGGCACCACAGGGAAGCUCAAAAUAAAUUGCAUUUGAGUCCCUCACCUCACCUCUCCGCCUGCUAAGAAUUCAUCUGAGAGCUGUGCUCACAUGUGCACACAAGGGUGUGUGGUUAGCAAUGUUCAUUGCAGCAUUGUCCUUGAUAGAAAAAAAAAACCUGGAAACCUCGGUGACCCUUAGCAAGUCCCUAUCGUGCAACACCUGAGAGCAAUGAGAAAGACUGAGGCAGAUCUGUGUGUGGUCACCUAGGAGGAGCUCCAAGAUAUAAGUAAAAAGGCAGAGUGUGAAAACAUGUCUAAAUACGAUCUCAUUUGUAUUAAAGUACAUAUGCAUAUUUGUUAUAUGUGUUUGUGCAUAUGAAAUUUCUAAAAUGAUGUAUGAGAACCUAUAAUCCUGUGGUUUCUAGAGUGCUUACAUAUAUUUUUCAUAUUAAACAAAUGUAAUUGCCCUUCACGAUGGGAAGACCGGGGGAUUUGGUCAACAGUCACCCUAAGGUGAUGCAAAGUGAACACGGUAUUGAGGCUUGAAAAAGGCUGGUGCUGCCUCAGUCACAUUAAGAGAGGAAGAGCGUCCUGACCUUCUCUGAACUGGUCCCACCGUGCGUGUGUGGAGCCCCUCAUUAGCCACUCGCAGAGCACAGAGCACUGGGGCUCACCUGCCACACACAGGUGGCCCCAUGACCUGUGAGCAGGAGGCUGGGGUGGCUCCAGGUCUGACGGGGACUGACAGCCCUGAGGUGGGCCGCCAGGAUAGCGGAGGAGAGGAGAGAAAGGGGGCCUUGGUGUCUGCCCCUUGGCACUGUGGUGGCCCCAGCUGGGAGUGGCGAUGGUUGCCCCGAGCAAGAGCCUGUUGUCCCUCUCUGGGGCAGCAGCCCGAGGGUGGCAGCAGCCCCACGGCAGGUAGCCGGGAACUGGGUCAAACUCAUUUGGCAGAGCAGGUGUUUGGUCGGAAGGACGAAUGGAUGGGAUUUCAGGUAUGGCAAGUGUGGUGUGCCAUGGCAAGGUUGGGCAACUUGUAAGUGUGUGUCCAAUUUUUAGACCUAGGGGAGGGGGAUCUUUUAUUUCUUCUACUUUUUUCCCCUUUUAUCUUUAAUUUAAUUUCAACCACAUACUCCCACUCUGUGCUGUAUAUAAUCAUAAAAAGUUGGCAACAACCAAAUAUUCCACAGCAGAGGGUUAUUUCAAUAAAGCACAGUUCGUCCAUGCAAUGGUGUGCCAGGAGGGCGCAAUGAAGGGUUUUAUGGAAGUGCAUCUGCUCUCCUGGGAAACCUCAGUGGCUAAUUAGUUUCCUUUUUUGUGGAACUGCAUCUCUUAAAAUUGUUUGUACUAACACUGAAUACACUUAAACCUUAUUUAUAACAUAUGUGUAAGGUGUAAACCACAGCAAUAAAACAAACACCCGGUGCCCACCGCCCAGCCUAACGGCAGGACCACCCAGGGCCUCGGAACUGCUCCCUGCCCCAGGGCCUCUUCCCAAUUCCGUCCUUCUCCAUCCCUUCCUUAAUGUAUUGUCUGGGGUACAUUUUUUAAAACUUUUUUUUUUAUAAAUAGAACCAUAACUGUACAUUUUCUUCUGUGACUUGCUUUUUUCCUACAGCGUGUUCCUAAGAUUCAUCUGUGUCAGUGUGUGUAGCUGUCAUUCAUUUAUUUGUACUGAUUUUUUUUAUCACUUCUUCUGUCAGUCAUUCCAAAAAUGAUUUCCUGCUUUUUGCUAUCUUGAACAAUGCUGCUGUGACCAUUCUUAUAACUGUCUCCUGGUGCAAGGGGAUGCAUUUUUUUCCAGUUCAUCACUUUGACCAAAUUGAUACCAAUUUGGAUUUGUUUUUGAUGAAAUUGCUUCUCAUCAAAUCUCCUGGAACCCCACGGCAGUGCUGGGGGAGGAGGCCUGGGGCUGGGGGCAUGUUAGCAGCUUGUGGGGGGGAGGGGAAGACCCUGAACUUGAGCUAGUGGUGCCCCCAGUAGAGGAAACUGGGAUCUUGUCCUGGGGACACAGCUUUGGGAAGGUCUCAGGGUUCCCAAUAUCUGCAAACUUCCUCCUUCUCCUUGUGCUUCCACUUGCCAAUUCCUGCCUGCCCUAACCACCCACCCCUCUCCCGCUGGUUUUCCUUCUGGAGGCAUAUGCCCAUUCCUGCAGGAUUUGUCUCCUCUCCACUCCAAGUGCAGUUUUAUUUUGAUCCAAGGAUAGCGGUUGAGGGCAUGGGCUCUGGUGUCUUAGCCCUGCCACUUACUUGCUGUGUACUUCUCCUCUCUAAGCCUCAGUUUCCUCAUCUUUAUAAUGGGAAUCCUUCCAGUACCUUCCUCAUGGGGUUGUUUUGACGCUUUGAAGUCACAGUGCAUAUGGAGUAUUCAGAGCAGUGUCUGGCGCACAGCGGUCACUUAACAAAUGAUGGUUGUUAUUAUUGCUGUGUCCUCUCCCCACCUGACCUGCUCAUUCACAGACCAACUGGGCACGGCCUGGUCCCUUCCCUUAGGGACCAGCCCUUGCCCCUUUCUGAGAGGUUGGAACUUUGACAAGAGGCUGAGCUUUCUC